CGAGGCGGUGACAACGUCAUUCGAUUCACAAGAGUUCAUUGACAACUCAAUCUUUUCCCGUCUUAUGAAUUCCCAUCUGCCAAUUUGGUUUUCGUCGUCUUGAGACCCUCAUUAUCUCUCUCACGCCGGUGGGUUUUGUGGUCUCCCACAAACCCAAAAGUCGCUGUGCAGUUCCUUCCUUCUGUCAGUCUUACUUCUCUACCACGACCUAAAUCGCGAUGCUGUCCCUUAUCUGGACGAUCUUCUUCCUACAUGUUGCCAUCUAUGCAGUGAAUACUAUCGGUGCAAGCACGAUUGACAGCCUGCUAUGGCUUCUCUACCUGAAGCUUCCGACAUCGACAUCAAAUAAUGCCCGGGAGCAGAGCCGCUUGAAGCGCGAAGUUGUCCAGUUGAAACGGGAUAUGAACAACACUAGCUCUCAGGAUGAAUUCGCAAAAUGGGCUAAGCUUAGGCGACGACAUGAUAAAACCAUGGAUGAGUACGAGCAGCUGAACAAGACGCUCGUGGCACAAAAGAGCUCCUUCGACUGGAGUGUCAAGAUCGCCCGGUGGCUUAGUACGAAUGGUGUAAAGAUCUUCCUUCAAUUCUGGUACUCGAAAACGCCCGUUUUUACUCUUCCGGAAGCCUGGGUUCCCUACUAUGUGCAGUGGAUUCUUUCAUUUCCCCGGGCUCCUAUGGGAUCGGUGAGUGUUCAUGUCUGGAACAGCGUGUGCGCGACAGCAAUUUCCGUCCUAGCCGAGCUUGUCACUCCAAUGUUUUGGCAGACAGCACGUCCUAUUUCGGUGGCUACGACUCAGAAGAUGCAAUGAUUGACGUUUACCAUGUUGCAUAUACGGGUUGCAUGAGGAUGUAAUAUAAUCCAACAGCCUGUUCAUUUCUUAA